AUGUAAGAUGCGAGAUUCCAGAUGCUUUGCAAGUUCCUGCUUACGAUGUUGCUGCUGGUAAACAUCCUGCUGAGCACGGCGCACUCCGUUCAGAGGAUCGAUCCCCGUCACAAGCCAAAGCGAGUCUUCUGCAAUGUGAACGUGAAGGCCAGCCAGAUGGCCUCCAAGGCGGCCAAGGAGGCGAAGGACGCCAAGGACGCACUGCCGAAGGCCGCUUCGGCGGCGGGUCAGAGGGCCAAGGUCAUUUUGGCCGAUCGGGCUAUGCAGGCUUCCAAGUCUGCGGAGGUGGUUCUCAGCGGAAAGAGGCAGGUGCUGGCUGAGUUAACCAAGAGUCUGAGCGAGACGAGGCGGGUCAUCGAGGAGAUCAAACGGGCCAUUGCCUCCAGCACCUGCUCCAUGAAGCAGGCCCAGCGAAUACAGGCCCACGUCCAACGAACCGUGGCCAACAUGCAGUGCCUUUUUAAGGAAAUGACGGCAGCACUGGGGAACUUCCAAAGGGUGGCCCAGGGCGCCCAGAGGGAGGCCUUAGAGAAGCGCAGCCUUCUCGAGGCGGCCAAAAGACGACUGGACGAGCUCCACGAGUGCAUGGAGCGGGCUCAGAAGGAUCUGAAUCGGAACCGGGAGAACGCCAAGAAGGCCAACGCCGCCGCCUGUGAGGCGAAGCAGAGGGUAAACACGUUACGCAAGCUGGUCUCCAAGAUUAGGAGCCUGAAGCGAAAAGAUAUCCACAGGUUGCAGCGAUUGCUGCGAAGGUAA